AUGACGCUCUCUAACGAAGUCUACUCUCUGUACAGCACUGCCGGUGGUUUAAUCUCGGUCCCAAACUUCCAUUACGGCUAUUUUGAGGCCUAUGUGAACCUGAACAAGGGCGGCGGCUGGCACAAUGCCUUUUGGCUGAUGUGCGGAAAUGGCUCGAAAACAGUAUACACGAACACUCAUACUGAAAUUGACAUUUUCGAAAUUGAAACAAGCAAGCCCAAGGAAACGACUAACAAUAUGAAUUUCUGGCUUGGGAAUGGCAACCGGGCCCGUGGGUAUUCUUCUGCUCAUCGGCCCGGCAAGGAUAUAACCGAAUGGAACCUUUACUCUGCACUCUGGACCGAGGAAAGGGUCGUGUUCUUUGAGAAUGAAAAACUAAUCUGGGACUACACCUUCGGGCCACAAGCAUGGACUCAUAACUACAUAAAUAUUUGGCUCACGACCGUUGCAAACGCGGCUUUUCGUAUCGACGAUUCUGCAUUGCCAUCCUCCAUGAGAGUAGGCAAUGUCAGCUAUUAUCAGAAGGACUAUUUGGUCCGUAUGGAUAUGAAUUCGCUGACGCCUCAUAAACCAGUAUCUCACUUCGAGUACCCACUCUGA